CACAAUUUUACAUAUCCGAUGCAUUGAAGAAUAGCUAAUGUAUAUUAGGUGAAUACAUUGACGGAGUUCGAAGAUCAGCAUUUUCUGCUUAGGGUAAGCAGAGAUAAGCAAUUUGAUUGGUUGAUGCUUAAUGCUGGGACACGAUAACUUUAGUUCUAAUUAAGUGAGAGUGAUGGAACUUGGUGUAUGGUCCUUGAUAAAACAUCUUUGCUCCAGUUAUAACACGCUUUCGAGAAAACUCACCAUACAAAGAAUACACAGUGUCAAGUCGUCGCACCGUCGCAGAGAUUUUCACUCUUAGCGAUAAUUAUCUCAGCGACCUUAAUUGACGAAAAUUGAGUUGGCCUUAAAGGGACAAUAACACUCUUGCUGGCUUGAAAGCUCCAGAAAAUAAAUAAUAUCUCUAUCUAAGUACUAGAUGUUUAAGUGUCCUACCUGUUGUGUAAAUUAUCCAUUACAUCCUAUUUUACUUGUCCAGAGGGUUCGAAAAUAUUUUUUAAUCGAAGUUUCAUUUGAAAAGGGUUACGUUAGACGUUUCAAACCAUUAUUUUGAAUUUUUCAAAAUUUUUAAAUAAGGUGUGUUAAGAUGAAAUUUGUAUGAUCAAUUAAUUGAAAUAUUCUAAAAUAGUACAAUUUGUUGACCAGAAUAAAGAUUGGGACAUAUUAUUCUGUUACAACAAGAGUGGUAUUGAGCCUUUAACAAAUAGAUCUAGCCACCGUACACUGUCGAAAAAUUGAUGGGGUCUGGUUGUUCAAAAACUAUUGUCUCGAUUUGCAGGGGCGUUUAAACGUGGCUGAGUUAACUCCCUUUCGAAAAUGGCUGCUGGUUGUUGAUGUAAACAAAAAAUGUUAUCAAUGAUAAAUAAUUGUAGUUGUAUAACAAACAAGGGACCAUAAGACUACCAUAUUAUAAAACCUGUACUAUGGAUAUUGACAGUGCGUCAUCAGAACAAAGUAUUGCGAUUACAAACAGUUGGAACUCUUUAACCUUUUCAGAAUCAGAAAAUCAGAUAUCAAGACAGAUUCCAGAGCUUUCUUCAGCCAAAUUUCAGUUUUCUCUUUGGCAUGAUUUGAAGAAUUCAGAAAUUAAAGGCAACCAACUGAAGGCUCCUCGUAUUAGAAUAGGUCCAAAUGAAAAGGACAAACCACUGUAUUUUGGUGAUGAUUGUGAUACAGAUAUAGAAUCAGAUCAUCAUGAAUUAACUGGAAAAGAAAAAACAAAGCAUCGUGAUGCAUUGGAAAGUUGGGAAAAGGCUGAGUUGGCAAGUUUUGGAUACCAAGAAUUACAGAAUGGUUAUCAGAAGAAGAAUCUAUAUCGUAUUCUGGCAAAAUUAAAAAGUGUAAAACACCUUAAUCUUGCUCACAACCAGAUUACAAAUAUCAAUUCUUAUUCUUUUCCACAUUGUGAAUAUCUGAAUUUAAACAACAACUUUAUUGCAUCCUUUAAGUGCCUACCAAAAGUAUCAAAGAUUUGCUAUAUAACUUUAAAAGACAACGACAUCAUGGAAUUAGAUGGAUUAAAAGCUUUAAGAUCAACAUCUAUUGAAGAAUUAUACCUUAAUGGUAAUCCCGUCACUUUCACUGCAGGUUAUAGACAAAGAGUGUUUUCUGUAUUACCAAAUUUGAAAGUAUUAGAUGGUAUUUACCAGCUUACAACAGAUACAGAACCUGUAGAGGCAAUGGAAGCUCCUAAAUCAUGCUUAAUAUCAUAAUCUAAUGGUACAGGGGAGUUAUAUUGUUUAAUGACUGACGACAGAUUUAUAUGAUCUGAUUUAUGUCCUAUGCUAUAUGAACAGCACUUGAUUGUUUUGAUUUUCAUGAUCACUAAAAUCUCAUCUUUUAUCAUAGAUCUUGGAUUUCAUUUUCUUUUAAACAUCAACACUGGCUGAAUCAAGUAUCUGUGUCUAAUUAUGAUUGGUUUACAAGUGCUUUAACAGAAGGCCACAAAAUAUUUUUAAGAAAAAAGGAUUAUGAGUGACAACCUCACUGUGUUUGUCUAAAGAGAAAUGAGGUAAAAGCCACAUGAAGUGAGCUAUUUGAUUGACCAGUUGAAUACUGGGGCCUUAUUCACAAAAAACUUAAAAGAAUACAGCCUUUUCAUUUGCUAAGAGCUAAAAUUUGUACUAGAAUUAUAAAGCUAAACCAAAUGAAAAGGCUGCAUCCUUAAAAUAUUUUAGUUUAAUUAAGUUUUCAUGAAUAAGGCUCCAGGUGUACUAUUUAGUCACAAACCCUAGGGAGAGGGGUUUUACAUAGGCUAAGCCUGUUCCCCAAUCCCAUUCAGUCAACCUGAAUAAAAAAUAUGGUUUGAAAAAAAACAAACCCCGAAACACUGCUGUGUGUAUGCUAAAACCUAUGUCUUUUAAGGUUGUACAAAAUAAUGAAAUGUUAACUGAAUGUAUUUUUGAUGCAUGGAGUGCUUAUCACCUUCAAUCAUAUUUUUUAAAACAACAAUUUAAUUCUGGGAUCUCCAAGUUUAUUAUUGAAUUUAUUAAGACCCCUAAUAUAAAGAUCUGAUUAAACCUUCUUAAAGGGAUAAAUAAAAAAACUAUAUUGAAGCUUCUACUCUACACCCUUCAUACUACAUGUAUCUUACUUGAGUUGUAAUCAAAAACACUGAAUGCUUGAAUGUGAUAUAUUAUUUAAUUCACAUUAUUUUAUACCAAUUAUGUCAUGUACUAUUUUUAUUAAGUCUGUGAACAUGAUGCAAUUUACUAUUUGUUAUAUAUUUUUUUCAAACACAAAUCUUUGUCUUUUGACUCUCUUGAUGUUACAUGUAUUUUGGGAUAAUUGCAUUUUAAAUCAAUUUUGAGUGUUAUUGAUAUAUAUAAUAAGUGUUUUUUUAUGAUAAGAAUA